AUGGCAAGAUGGACUAACCUGGCUUCAAUGGAGCUUCUCUCAACCCAGGGAAGAUUCAUGCCCAACUAUAAGUGUGAUGUCAAGGACUGGGUGGUUUCUGUUAUUGUAGGACCUAACUCUUCCAUCUUUCCCUUCAUGGCAAAUAUCUUGAAUGUCUACAAAAUGCCUCAGCUCAUUUAUGGAUCUUCUCCAGCCAAAGAUGGCAGGAGACAUGUUUUCUAUCAUCAAUUUUUCCCAAAUAGUGAUCAAGAGAUUACAGGUCUUAUCCAGCUACUUUUGUUUUUAAGGUGGACAUGGAUUGGACUGAUUUUCCAACAUGAAAAAAAUGGUGAGCAGUUAAUAGAAAAUGUUGUUACUUUGUUUUCCAAAAAAGGUAUCUGCUUUGACUUCAUGGAAGAGAUGGUCCAGCCAACAUUUACCAAUUAUGUUGAAAGUAUACUUAAUGAUUUCCGUAAACUAUACAUCAUUAUCAUGAAGAGCAUUGCCAACGUGAUUGUCCUAUAUUGUGAAAACCACUACACUAUCACUGUUACACUGUUACCCUAUUUUGAAGAAAUGAUAGACAUACCAGUCAAGAGAAAAGAUAAAGUUUGGAUAAUGCCAGCUCAAAUGGAGUUUACAUCACUUUCCCUUCUCAAAAUGUUGAAUAUGGAUGCUUUCCACGGUGCUAUAACUUUUGAAGUUUCUUCCAAGGAGAUCCCUGGAUUCAAUAAAUUUCUUCAGAUGAUAAAGCCAACUUCAGUAGAGGGAGACAAUUUACUGAGAGUGUUUUGGGAACAGGUUUUUGAAUGUACCUUUCCUCAGGUAUUGGUAGAAACUGGAAAGCAGUGCACUGGAGAAGAGAAGUUUGAGAAUGUACCUAUGUCUGUGUUUGACACCACCAUCACUGGGCAGAGUUACAGCAUCUAUAAUGCAGUCUAUGCUGUGGUGCAUGCUUUACAAGCCAUGCUUUCCCCCACAUUUAAACACAGAGCAAGAGAAGAAAUCUCCUUUAAUGAAAAUGGAGACUUGAACACUGGAUUUGACAUUAUCAACUGGGUCACCUUCCCAAACAAGAGCUUUGUUAAAGUCAAAGUUGGAAAGAUCAACCCAACAAAUUCUCUGGAAAAACUAGUUGUCAUUUCUACACAGGACAUCAUCUGGCCUGCAUUGUUUAACCAGGUUCAGCCUCUUUCUGUAUGCAGUGACAAUUGCUAUCCAGGAUACAGGAAGAUGAAAAUGGAAGGGAAGCCAUUUUGCUGUUAUGAUUGCCUUCCAUGUGCAAAAGGGAAAAUUUCAAACCAGAUGGAUGCAGUUGAUUGCUUCCGAUGUCCAGACGAUCAAUAUGCAAAUAAGAUUCAAACUCUUUGCAUUCUAAAAAAAAGAACCUUCUUGUCUUACAAUGAACCACUGGGAGUCAUCUUGACCACUGUUAGUAUUUUCUUUUCUGUCAUCACCAUUGUGGUGCUGGGAAUCUUCAUUAAAAAGCAGGACACCCCCAUUGUCAAAGCCAACAACAGGAACCUCACUUACACCCUUCUCAUUGCUCUUCUGCUCUCCUUCCUUUGCACUUUCCUUUUCAUUGGACAACCGGAUCACACUAAAUGUCUCAUGCGACAAACUGCUUUUGGUAUCAUUUUCUGCAUAGCCCUUUCUUGCAUUUUGGGUAAAACAACCAUAGUUGUACUUGCUUUCAUGGCCACAAAGCCAGGCUCCAAAAUGCAGAAAUGGGUGGGGAAAAGGAUGGCUAUCCCUAUUGUCCUUUCUUGUUCUUUGACUCAACUCAUGAUCUGUGUAGUGUGGUUGGCAAUUUCUCCCCCUUUUCCAGAAUCUGACAUGCACUCCAUCACUGGAGAAAUUGUCCUAGAAUGUAAUGAAGGUUCAACCACUAUGUUUUAUAUUGUCCUUAGUUUUCUGGGAUUCUUGACUGUUGUCAGCUUCUCAGUAGCCUUCCUAGCAAGGAAGUUACCUGACAGCUUUAAUGAAGCCAAAUUUAUUACCUUUAGCAUGUUGGUCUUUUGCAGUGUUUGGUUGUCUUUCAUUCCUACCUACCUGAGUACGAAGGGCAGAUAUAUGGUGGCUGUGGAGAUUUUCUCCAUUUUGGCUUCUGCAGCUGGAUUAGUAGGUUGCAUAUUUUCCCCCAAAUGCUACAUCAUUAUUUUGAGACCUGAUUUGAAUACAAAGGGGCAAUUAAUAAAGAAAUAA